GUCAACUCAUUUGAGCUGUAUGGCUUCGACGUUAUCUUCGACGAGUCCCUCCGUGCUUGGCUACUCGAGGUGAACUCAAGUCCGAGCAUGAACUUAGACACUCUGCUGGAUGAGAGGAUCAAAGUUGCACUGAUAAGGUACGGGACAAGCAUCUUCGGCAUCCGCUGGUCUAUACCACUCGGCAAACUCAUCGUAUGGACUUAUAAUAGCAUUCUCUCGUUACUUCAAAACGGAACUGUCUCAGUUCUGGAAGCAUUCAAUGUUGUCACGCAACAGAGGGGAUUCGGA